UCAGCAGAUUACCAGGAAGGGCAACACCCACUUGCUAGCUGAAAAGGGAGGAAACAAAAGUAAAACCUGUGAUGUUUUCAGUGUUGAGGCAGCCAUGGCAGCUGCGGGUGCAGUCAGGGAUCUCUGUGAUGAAGCCACUUGCUCCAUCUGCCUGGAGUAUUUCAGUGACCCAGUGAUCAUUCCAGAAUGUGGACACAAUUUCUGCCAAGCCUGUCUGACCCAGUGCUGGCGGGAGCCGGACACAGAGACUUCCUGCCCUCAGUGCAGAGAAACUAUUCCGCAAAGGAACUUCAUCCCAAAUCGGCAACUGAAAAGUGUUGUAGAGAUAGCCAAGAAGUUAAGUCUUCAGAGAGUAAACAGGGAGGAAGGAGAGGAGAAAGUCUGUGAGAAACACCGAGAGCCCCUGAAACUCUUCUGUAAAGACCAUGAAAGCUCCAUCUGUGUGGUGUGCGACAAAGCCAAGGAGCAUGAAAACCACAAGGUGAUUCCUCUGGGGGAGGCUUACAAAGAGUACAAGGAUCAGAUCUGCAGCCUUCUAAAGACUUUGAGGAAGAAAGAGGAAAAAAUGCUGAUGUAUAAAGCAAACAUAGAAAAGGAAAGCCAGGAUCUGCUUGAGCAAACAAAAGCAGACAAGCAGAAGACGAUGGCUGAGUUCAGACAACUGCACCAGUUUGUGGAAGAGCAAGAGAAACUUUUGCUGGCCCAGAUGGAAAAGUUAGAGAAGGAGAUUGCAAUAAAAAGGGAUGAGCACCUGGCCACACUUUCUAAGGAGCUCUCCUCCUUUGCAAGUUUCAUUCAAGAGAUUGAGGAGAAAUGUCAGCAGCCAGCGAAUGAACUUCUGCAGGAUGUUAGAAGGACCUUGGAGAGGUGUGAGAAGGAGAAGACAUAUGAGAAUUCAGUGGCUUUUCCUCCUGCCCUGAAGUGGAGGAUCUGGAACUUCUUGGACAUAAACUCCUUUCUGGAGGCUGUCAUUAAGCAGUUCAAAGACACUCUGGUAUCUAGACUUCCACUGCAGAAAGCAAAUGUCAUUUUGGAUCCAGACUCGGCACAUCCCUGGCUAAUCAUGUCCGAGGAUCCUAAAAGCCUGACAUGUGGAGACAUAUUUCAAGAUCUGCCUGAGAAUCCUGAGAGAUUCGACUGCUGGCCUUGUGUGCUGGGAUGUGAGGGAUUCACAGCAGGUAGACAUUCCAUAGGAAAGGAGAGCUGGUCUUGUGGUAGCAAGCAUGACUUGUCCCCAUAGCUAAGCAGGGUCUGCCCUGGUUGCAUCUGAAUUGGAGACUUGA